CCGGGUCGCUGCAGGAAGGAUCCGCAUCCCGAGACUUGAAGGUGACGUUCGAGGAAUCUAUAAGUGCCCUUUAUGUCUCAUCUUCUUCUUCUUCUGCUACUUUAGAAACUUCUGCAUAUGAUCCAUAGAACUUAGGCAUGGCCGGCACGGCUAGGCACGACCGCGAGAUGGCGAUGCAGGCAAAGAAAAACCUGACCACCUGCACAGACCCAUUAGAGAAGCUUCGUCUGCAAUGUCUCUCACGGGGCUCUGCGGGAAUUAAAGGCCUGGGAAGAGUAUUUAAGAUCAUGGAUGAUGAUAACAGCAGGUCACUGGAUUUUAAGGAGUUCUUAAAAGGACUGAAUGACUAUGGCGUGAUGAUAGACAAAAAUGAGGCUCAGCAGCUUUUCUCCCUAUUCGACAAAGACGGAAGCGGAACGAUAGACUUUGAUGAAUUCUUGGUCACAUUGCGGCCGGCUAUGUCGAAUGCAAGGAAGGAAAUAAUCAUGCAGGCCUUUAGAAAGCUGGAUAAAACUGGGGACGGGGUUGUCACCAUCGAAGAUUUGCGAGGUGUCUAUAAUGCAAAAUACCAUCCAAAGUAUCAAAACGGAGAGUGGACAGAAGAUCAAGUUUUUAGGAGUUUUCUAGACAACUUUGACUCUCCGUAUGACAAAGACGGACAGGUCACUCCGGACGAAUUCACAAACUACUACGCUGGCGUCAGUGCUUCCAUCGAUACGGACGUUUACUUCAUCACCAUGAUGAAGAACGCCUGGCGGCUCUAAGUGUGACAAAAACUGAAUUCUUGAACUAUUACUCGGGAGUGAGCGCCUCGAUCGACAGUGAUGUUUACUUUGUGCUGAUGAUGACGAACGCCUGGAAGUUGUGAUAUAUGGAAAUAUAUAUUUUUUUAACUAUUGCGUUUUUUUCAGUUUUGUUGGCAACAUUAUUUAAAAUGUUCUUGCACCCUCCUGUAAGAAGUGUGGGUAGAAACUGUAAUGACUUUUUACACUUCACAUCCGUGGUCUGGACUAAAAAAAAAAAAAGCCAUAUAAAUUGGGUGAAGAAUUGGACUCCGCUCACUUGGGCGUUUGAAAUCUCAUCAUGACAAAAUUAUUAAAAUCCCGCAUUUAUCAAAACUGUCUUAAAGGGCCCCGCAAACUCUCCUUAGCUACUCGUAUCUUGCUUCUACUAGAAUUUUUGUAAUAUGCUUACCGUUCAGAAAGUUGUGUGGAUCGGCCACUCUGGAACCCGGUCACAUCAGGCUCCUCUCCUGAAAAUCCUGCUUCCUCCGAUGUCAUGUCCUUUAACAGGUUUUCCGGCCUGGGCUAUGGACAGGAUAUCACUUCUGUUGUGGAUGGAACCAGAACUGUUCCUGUCCCUUGCGCUUGCGCAGAUGAGGACAAUGUCAUGUCCUUUACCAGGUUUUCCGGCCUGGGCUUUGGACAGGACAUCACUUCUGUUGUGGAUGGAACCAGAACUGUUCCUGUCCCUUGCGCUUGCGCAGAUGAGGACAAUGUCAUGUCCUUUACCAGGUUUUCCGGCCUGGGCUUUGGACAGGACGUCACAUUUGCAGUGGAUGGAACCAGAACUGUUCCUCUCCCUGGUGCAUGCGCAGAUUAGAUGGAUUCAGAAGUUUGCGCAUGCUCCAUGCAUUCUGGCCCUGUCCACAACAGAAGUGACACCCCGUCCACAGCCCAGCCAGGAAACCUGGUAAAGGAAGUGGCCUGGG